AUGCCGUGGUGCACCAGGUUCCCCUUGGCGUUCGCUACCCUCGCGCACUUUUUGGGCCACAGCGCAGCACUCGACAAUGGGUUGGGAAUCACCCCUCCCCGCGGCUGGCGCUCCUGGAACGCUUUCCUGAACGCGGCCACGCAGGAGAAGCAGAUUGCACAGAUGGUGGCCCUCGCGGACGAAAGCAGGCUGGUGGAUGGCAGUCCGACGUCCUUGAGGGACCUGGGCUACGACACCGUGGGGCUCGACGACUCCUGGCAGGACUGCGGGGCUGGGCUGAACCACUCGUUCCACAGCCCCGACGGGUGGCCGCUGGUCAACAAGGCCAAGUUCCCAGACUUGGAGCAGAUGAACAGGUUCGCGAGGUCUCGCGGGCUCCACUCGGGCUGGUACCUCAACUCGUGCGAUUGCUGCGAGCGCGGGCGGCUGGAGCCGAACUGGCCGCCGCAGAUGCGCAGCGACGUGGCCGCGCUGACCUCCCUCGGCUUCGCUGGCGCGAAGCUCGACUCCUGCGGCCCGAGCCAGGACCUGACGGAGUGGGCGCGGCUGCUGAACGCCUCUGGCAGGCCAGUGCUCCUCGAGAACUGCUUCGACAACGCCAGCUUCCCCUUCGUGCCCUCCGGCGCCGACGACGGCGGGGAGGCGGUGGAGGAGGAGGCCUGCCCUAUGAACCUCUUCCGCACAGGGGGCGACAUGCGCGCGAGCUGGACCAUGAUGCUGGCCCGGCUCCAGGGCGCUGCGCCCUGGAUGCGCCUGUCGCGGCCAGGGUGCUGGGCGUACCUGGACAUGCUGGAGGUCGGGCACCCGCCGGGAGGCACCGGCGAGCGGCACGACUUCCAGAGCGCGCGGAGCUGGCGCUCCCACUUCGGCGCCUGGGCCGUGACCAGCUCGCCGCUGAUCCUCUCCUUCGACCUGACCAACGCCACGCUGAUGGAUAUGGCCUGGCCGUUCAUCGCAAACCCCGAGGCGCUCCGCGUGAACUCGGACUGGGCCGGCGAGGCGGGGCGCCUCGUGGCGUCCGAGUACGACACCUCCGCGCCGACGCCGGCCUUCGCCCGGCCCUGCACCGCCUCGCUGGACACGCAGCGGUGGGUCCUGACGGCCGAGGCGCAGGUCAGGUCUGCCGCUGCUGGCGACGGGCGGUGCCUGUCCGUGCCCGUGGAGGGCGCCGGCCAGCUGGUUCUGGCGGACUGCUCCUCGUCCGCUGGCGCUGGCGGGACGUGGUCACUGACCGAGGCGGGCCAGCUGAUGAGCACUCGGGCGUCUCCCUCAGGGGAGCCUGUGUGUGCGGAGGUGCAGAAGUACGGGAACCACAACGCAGCCCUGGCCGCAGCGCCGUGCGGCAAUGCUUCUGCCCCGCCGAGGUCUCAGAGCUUCGCCUUCGACCCCUUGCGGCAGCGGCUCUCCGUCGACGUGCGCUUCGACCCCUCGAAGCAGCGGUCGCCAGGCAUGCUGUUGUGCGUGGAUAUCGAUAUCGUCGCAUCAGGUGCCGACGCUAGGCCUGGAUCGCAUCUCCUGUCCCAGGUCUGGGCGAAGCGGGUGUCUGGCGGCGCCGUCGCCGUCUUUAUGCUGAACGCCGACACGGGGCAGGCCCGCGACAUCACCGUCGACCUCUCGUCGCUGGGCGUCGCGCCGGGGAGCGUCAUUCGCUCGAUCUGGGACAGGCAAGACGUGGGCACCGUCGCGGCGCCUGUCGGGAACUACACGGCUGCGGCGGUGGCGCCGCACGACUCGGUGUUCGUGCUCUUCAAGCCGGACGGCCCCGCGGAGCACCUGGUCAGCAUUUUCGCGCCGCUGGCAGGGCCAGCGCGCGGGGUGGGCUCCAACCGGACAGGCGUGCAGGGCGUUUACGUGUGA